UGUCAUGGCUGCCUCCUGCUAGAGAGCGUGUCGAAGAACAGAAAACUGAACCAACAAGACCACUUGCUACAUUUUGAAGGGCAAUGCAAGUUUUUAUGUUUCUUGUUUCGAAGAGUCUAACGAAUUUCCAUAUUUAAAAAAAAAACAGCAGCUGCUUUAGAUGAGAAAAUAGGCAAAUGUCGUUUGAAAAGCAUCGCAGACGAAGACUUAACGUUACCGUGACACGAUUCAGCCAGUUGGCCACUGUUGUUCGGUGUGUUUCGAGUCCGAGGUUUGUUUUAUUUUACAGUAACAGCACAGCAAACGUUACUUAGGCUAGCUUAUACUAAUUUUAUAGCCCAUUCAGCUGCUAAUUGAUUCAUAAAAUGACAUUGAUAUGCGUUCGUGUCUGUGGCCGAUUCGGAGUCUUUCGUGGCUGUCGUGGCUAUGUCACGUCGGGGAACCGCGCACCAACCACAGCAAAGAGAGCAGAGGCGAAGGAUGAACGCCCGGUUUUCCAGUAUGUGGGGCGGCACAGGAAGCCCAGGGAGAGGGUAUUUGUUUGGGGGUUCAGCUACACUGGAGCCCUGGGGAUUCCUAGCUUCGUGGUUCCCGACAGCGGCAGGAAAAACCCCAGAAAAUACCAGCUUACACCAUACCGUCUCGACAUGGAACAGAAGAUUUGCUCAGCAGCCUGUGGGUAUGGAUUUACAUUACUAGCCUCCAACACCAAAGACCUCACCAAACUGUGGGCCAUGGGCCUGAACAAAGACUCCCAGCUGGGCUUUCAGCGGACUCAGCACGACCGCAGUAAAAGCUACGAGUAUGUGUUGGAACCCUCCCCUGUGCCUUUGCCGUUGACUAACCCUCAGGACACGUGCAUCCUCCAAGUGUCAUGUGGUCGUGCCCACUCCCUGGUUCUGACGGACUCUGAAGGAGUGUUCAGCAUGGGCAACAACUUCUACGGCCAGUGUGGGAGGAAGAUCGUGGAGGGUGAGGUUUACAGUGGCAGCCAUCUUGUCCACAAGAUUGAGGGCUUUGACAGCAGAGUCGUCCAGGUGGCAUGUGGGCAGGAUCACAGCCUUUUCCUGACAGAGAAGGGCACAGUGUAUGCCUGUGGGUGGGGCGCAGAUGGACAAACAGGCUUGGGCCACCAUGAUAGGGCUACAUUCCCUGUCCCUGUUGGGGGGGACCUGGCCGGGGUCAAAGUUCAGCAGGUGACCACAUAUGGAGACUGCAGCCUGGCCGUAUCCUCGGAUGGCCAGGUCUUCGGCUGGGGCAACUCCGAGUACCUACAGCUUGCCUUGGUCACGGAGGCAGCACAGAUUAGCUCUCCUCGGUUGCUUCCUCUGAAGAAUGUAGGCAAAGUCACUCAGGCUGCGUGUGGGGGAACCCAAGUCGCUGUACUCAACGAAAGAGGGGAGGUGUUUGUGUGGGGCUACGGAAUCCUGGGAAAAGGGCCCAAUCUGUCUGAGUCGGAGAGACCGGAGAAGGUGCCAGCCACACUUUUUGGGAGGUCGGAGUUCAACCCUGGAGUAAAUGUCUCUGGCAUACGCUGUGGGCUCUCGCACUUCGCAGCCAUCACAGACCGUGGUGAACUGUUUGUCUGGGGUAAGAACGUGAGAGGCUGUCUAGGUACCGGGAAUCAUAACGAUCAGUAUUUUCCAUGGCGGGUGACUGUACCAGGUCAUGUGGUGGAUGUUGCUUGUGGUGUCGACCACAUGGUGGCGCUGGUCAAGUCCAUAAUAUGAGUGCAAGCUGCCUGCAGGAGGCUAAAGGAGACGGAAUCGCUCCCCUUUCUGAUGCCACAAGGCCCCCUCUUCACACAAUGAUCCGAGCUUGCACACGUGUCGCUAUGUUUAACCUGCACACUCGAGGUCUGGGGGUUCUGAAUCUUGGAUCAAGUUCUUCCACUUCAUGUCAGAUAAAACCAGUGUUCAUUUAAAGCCACUUGUGAGAUGUGACACCUCAUCUAACCAUUACCAUUUGGACCUGAAAUAGAAACCGAGGUGACAGACCUCUAUGAAGCGGUGAGACCCAUGCGCCUUUGACCAAGACUCGUGUGACAAAUUCUCUACCCAAAAAUGCACUGUGAUGGAAGUUGUUUGAGUGUGGGUAUGUUUGCAGCACUGGGAUCUUUUCCUUAGUGACACCGGGCUUUAAACAAGGGAUAAACUGAUCCUGGAACAGCCAUUCCCCACUGCCUAAGAUGGGGUAGCUCCACCAAGCUCCUUGCUUCUAGAGCAUUGCCACAUCUCGGUGCACAAGACAGGACUGCAGAGGUCCUUAAUCUUUCAAGUCAAACUCAGCAUGCGGUGUGGAGAUCAACAGAGUGUCUUAUUUUACUGCAUUAAAGCAGAGAAGCCUAAUAA